GUGCUCUUCGACAGUCUCUCGAAUCGUGGAGCAAUAAUUUGAGACAAUUUCGCGGCGGCACUCCGCUUAGUCGACGCAAAGCGCUGCAACAACAAAGACGACGACGACUACACACAACAGAGAGCUAAAAGUAAAUAAAUAGCAAAGUUAAAAACAGUGUUAUGACACGCGUGGCGCACAAACCCAGCGAAUAAUAGUUGUGCAUAUAAUCGGUCAGACUCCAAAGAGCAUAUUUUACCAUCAUCUAAAGCUUUUUAUGGAGGAAGAAGCAUCAGCAAACUGCCGACAGCAAAAACAGCAGCAGAAACAGCAGCCACAACAACAAUAAAAUUAUUAACAACACAAAAAGCUGUAGCAAGCAAAAAGCAACAACAAAAAGAAGGUUUUGCGGUUUAUACAAAUACAAAUACAAAUAUUUUGCUACAUUUUUACAAUAACAUCGCGUUGCGACAGCUAAAAGCACAAUUGAUUUAUUGUUGUUGUUACUGGGAGUCAAGAACAGCAGCAGCAACAACAACAACACACAUUUAGCACACUUAAAAAAAAGACAUUGCCAGCUGUUCGUACGUUGCGGUAAAAAAAAGCUCGUUCAUCGUUUUCGCGACACACAAGUAAAAGUGAAAAGCCCGGUCAACGUCCUGCUGCUUAAAUACAAAAGUGAGGUUAUGCACGUCAUCAUCCUGGCCGUUGUUGUCGGCAUCUGAAGGUGAGCGAAGGACACUCCGCUCGCAUUGCCGCCGGCCUAACGUUGCCACACACAUACAUAAUUAAAUUGUCACGAGUGGACAGCUUUCGGACCAAAUAAAGUUGUUGUAGAUAACACACACAACUGAUAGAUAGAGCAACAGCAACCCCCCGCCACCCAAUCUCCUGCGUCUUACACACACACACACAAAAGCAAUCAAUAUGCGUAUUUUUCCCGUUCGCCUCUCGGCCGUUUCGUCAUCGAUGUCGAGCCUGGCCAAAAUGUUGGAUUUCUAUUCGGGCUUUAAUCCGUCGCCGCUGUCAAUAAAACAGUUUAUGGAUUUUGGUCAAAAUGCAUGUGAAAAGAAGUCGUAUAUAUUUCUUCGGAAGGAGUUGCCCGUGCGCCUGGCGAAUAUCAUGAAGGAGAUCGCCUUGCUGCCCGAUAAUCUCCUUCACACUCGUUCGGUGAGCGAGGUGAGCUCGUGGUACGUGAAGAGCUUCGAGGAUGUGCUGGAAUUUGAGAACGCCGAACCCACUCACGAUAAUCUGCAGAAAUUUGUGCACGAUUUGGAUCUCAUUAGGAAUCGACACAAUGAUGUGGUACAGACGAUGGCGCAGGGCGUCAUCGAGAUGAAGGAGAACGAAGGCGGUCAAGUGGAUGCGCCCACCGAAAGCUCCAUACAAUAUUUUCUCGAUCGUCUCUACAUGUCACGCAUCAGCAUUCGCAUGCUGAUCAAUCAGCACACGUUGCUCUUUGGAUCCAGUCCGCACUCGUUGGGCCGUCACAUUGGCUGCCUGGAUCCCGCCUGUGAUCUGUCGGAUGUGGUGCGCGAUGCGUAUGAGAAUGCCCGAUUUCUCUGUGAUCAAUACUAUCUGACGAGUCCCGCUCUCGAGAUACAGCAGUACAGCACCACGUCGGAUGAGCUAUUACCCAUACGCACCGUGUACGUGCCAUCGCAUUUGUAUCACAUGCUAUUCGAACUCUUCAAGAACUCCAUGCGUGCCGUUGUCGAGCAUCACAACCAUGACAAUUGCGACACACUGCCGCCCCUCAAGGUGGCCAUAUGCCGAGGCAAAGAAGACAUCUGCGUGAAGAUCUCCGAUCAGGGAGGCGGCAUUCCGCGCUCCCAGUCCGAUCAGCUCUUCAAGUACAUGUACAGCACAGCACCGCAGCCGACAAAGUCGGAUAUGAACACAGUUCCCUUGGCUGGAUAUGGCUACGGGUUGCCCAUCUCGCGGCUCUAUGCUCGCUACUUCCACGGUGACAUUGUGCUGCUCUCUUGCGAAGGUUUCGGCACUGAUGCCAUCAUCUACCUGAAGGCGCUUUCGGAUGAGGCCAACGAGUUGUUGCCCAUCUUCAACAAGACAAGCUCAAAGUUCUAUCGCGCCACCGUGCCCACCGGUGACUGGUCGAAUCAGGUAAAAUACGCUAAGAAGCCGAAGAAGACGAGCGCUGUUGUCCAAUAGUCCUCCUCCUCCCACCCCCCAAGCACGACGAAGUCGAAGGCUGUGUUAAAUGUCAGCCCAACCCCAGAAACCAACCCAACUAAUCCCAGCAUGGAUCCUGAUCCCUUCUCCAGAAAAUGUUUUGCUUAUUAUCUUACCUUAAUUUGCAUUCAGUUUGUUGUAUGUUUCAUGUCAAUUGUGUGUUGCUUUAUUCAACGUCAAAUUUGCAUUUUUGUGGAAAUCUGUUGUCAUUUAUCAGUUGACAUUCCAAAUUAUGAUUUGAGGGAUUUUUAUCGAAGGGGUUUUUGGUUAAGAGCACGGGGUUUAGUAAUGUAGAACUUAGAACGCGAUAAAGUCUUAUAUUUUAAAUAUACACAUAUAUUUAUUUUGCAUAUACAAAAGUCUUGAAACAAUUACGAAAUUAGUUUUUAAUUAUAUUAUAUACAUACAAUAUACAUUUACUAUUUUAUUUUAGUGAAAUGUUCUGUUUAAUUUCAAGCACACGAUAUUUACAAUUAAUAAAUACAACAAAUAUAUAUUUAUUUUCUAAGCUCAACAAAAGUUGUCAAUAAAUAAACUGUUUAAACUUAUACACACACACAACACCUGCAGAAUGUUUUUUGUUUAUGAUUAAAAAAAAACCCAAAUAAUUGAGUGCUUUAUUAACAUAUUGAUUGUUUAUUAGCAUCAAUUAACAGUUGUGCGAUGCCUGCAACUUAUAAUCCUCUAAUUUAAUAACUGGUUGAUCCACCCUUUUAUUUAUUUAACACUUGUUAAUAAAAAUUUUAAUUAUGGCAACAAUUGUCAAUUUUCCUUGGAGCAAAUGCGACAGCAAAAAAAAAUGUAGCAUACUUUUUGGCUGUAUUGAAAAAUCUCUCGCAGUAGCUCCAAUUUGUUUGUCGUUUCAAUUUUUUGAAUUUCUGUUGAUUUAUUUACGCUCUAAUUGAUUUCUUUCAGAACUUUUCCAAUCGUUGGCGUUAUUUAUAUGGUUUCUUAAAAAACUUAUAAGACUGCACCUAGCUCUGAGCCAGCCCAUGGUCAGUUUCUCUUGACUGCUCUUUUGGUUCGAUUUCAUUUAUUUUUUUUUAUACUUUCUAUCGAUCCUAUCUGUCGUCAAUAGCCGUAGCCAACUGAUGAGCCGAUUAUUAAAUAAAUGUAUAAUGUUUCCAGAGCUCGGACAUGAAUGCUAGGCAGCUGAAUGCGACAGCUCCAAAGCGCUACAACGACUUGGAUUAGAUUAGCAGCACUCAAAUGAUACUCAGGACAUCUACGGAGAACAACAACAGCAACAAUGGAUUUAAAAUCAGACCACUAAGUGGGAACGAUAUAUCACUAGUUCUAGGCAAACAUUCCCAAACACAACAAGCAACAGCAACAACAGUAACAACUACAACUACAAUUUGUAUUCAUGGCAGUAACGUGUUAAGUUUUUCAUAGAUUGUUAAACCAAAAAAAUAUUGUUAUAAAGCGUUAAACAAAUGGCAUACGUAUUUUAUAAGUGUGUUUUUGUGCAAUAAAUGAAAGCAGCAACCAAAAACAACAAAAAAAAAAAGCAGCAAAAGCCGUAAAUGAAAACAUUUCAAACUUUUUUAGGCACUACAUUUUAUUUUUACAUAAUAAUAAAUAUUGUUCAUUUUGCUGAGCUAUACAAUAAUUGAUUACGUGUGCAUGUUUCGAUAUAUAUGCAUUUAUAUAUAUAUGUAUAUAAUGAUAAGAUUCGUUUAGAGUUAUAAUUAUUUUAUACAAAAUUCUCACAUUUAGGUUUUUAGCGUUUGCACAUUAUCACGACGUUUCUGACGUUCUCAUAUUUUCUCUUUUCUCGUUUUUAAUUAGCUCUUGUAUACAUACAUUUCAUUUUCUUUUGUUUGCUCGACAAUUGACAUUCAUUUAAACUAUUUAACUACAGCAACAAUUGAUUCGUUUAAACAAAGUGCAUUGUGCGCGAUCUGGAACUCGAUCUCGAUCGCCAUAAUAAUAUAAUAUAUAAUAUAGUAAUAAUAAUAAUAUAAUAAUCAUACAUAAUAUGCAAUAUAAAAUUAUAUAAACAAUAAUACACAUACACAUACAAUAUUUAUAAUUCAA